ACCGCGACGACAGCUAUUUUUCACAAGUUCACGAAAGUUACUCUUCUUCUUUCUCCUGAGAUAACUUGGUAAACUUCAAGAUGGCUCUCUCCCAAGCUUCAGCGAAUUCUACAAAUGCGUCCUUCAAGGAUAAAGAGAAGCCUAUGGCAGUGCGCGCGGCGAAUAUUCUUGCUGCAAGAGCUGUUGCCGAUGCUGUCAGAACCUCCCUUGGACCCCGCGGUAUGGACAAGAUGAUCCAGUCAGGCAAAGGAGAGACUAUCAUCACGAAUGACGGCAAUACCAUGUUGAAGAGCAUGUCUGUCAUGCACCCCUCAGCAAAGAUGUUGGUCGACCUAUCAGCAGCACAAGAUGUUGAGGCAGGAGAUGGAACUACAUCAGUUGUGGUUAUUGCAGGAAGUCUCCUUGGUGCGGCAGACAGGUUAUUACAAAAAGGCAUACAUCCUUCAGUUAUUGCGGAGAGUUUCCAAAGAGCAGCAGCAGCGGCUGUUCAAGUUCUUCACGACAUGUCACAUCCUAUCUCUCUGAACGAUACCUCAGCCCUCCUCCAAGCUGCUACGACCUCGCUUUCCUCAAAGAUUGUCUCUCAACAUUCGAAUAUCCUCGCUCCUAUGGCAGUUACCGCUGUCACCAAGACCAUCGACAUCAAGACAGCGGACAACGUGGACUUGAAGAAUAUUAGGAUAUUGAAGAAAGUCGGAGGUACGAUCGAAGACAGUGAGAUGGUAGACGGGCUUGUUCUGGAUCAACCAGUUGUCAAGAGCGGUGGUGGACCAGUAAGAAUGGAGAAGGCUAGAAUUGGUCUUAUUCAAUUCCAGCUCUCACCACCCAAGCCAGACAUGGAAAAUCAAAUCGUAGUAAAUGACUACCGCCAAAUGGACAAAAUCCUCAAGGAAGAACGAACCUACCUCCUCAACAUGGUCAAGAAGAUCAAGAAAGCAAAGUGCAACGUCCUCUUCAUCCAAAAAUCGAUUCUCCGCGACGCAGUCAACGAUCUCUCUCUCCAUUUCCUCGCCAAACUCAACAUCCUCUGCAUCAAAGACAUCGAGCGUGACGAAGUAGAGUUCAUCUGCAAGAGCACCGGCUGCAAACCCAUCGCCGAUAUCGACUCCUUCACAGAAGACAAACUCGGCAGCGCAGACCUAAUCGAGGAAGUCCAAAGCAGCGGCAGUCGAAUCGUCAAAGUGACAGGAACCAAGAGCGCCGGAAAGACAGUCAGCAUCGUCUGCCGAGGCGCCAACUCCCUCAUCCUCGACGAAGCAGAGCGAUCUCUCCACGACGCACUUUGUGUUAUCCGCUGCUUGGUUAAGAAGAAGGCCCUGAUCGCCGGAGGAGGAGCACCAGAAAUCGAGAUCGCGUCCCAGCUAUCGAAGCAAUCGAGAGCACUAAAAGGCACGGAAGCUAUCUGCUGGAAGGCAUUCGCGGACGCUAUGGAGGUGAUCCCUACCACGUUAGCGGAGAACGCUGGUCUGAACAGCAUCAAGGUCGUUACGGAACUGAGACAUAAGCACGAGUAUGGAGAGAAGAAUGCGGGUGUUAGUAUCAAGAGCGGCGGAGUCAAGAUCGAUAUCGCGGAUGAGAAUGUGUUGCAGCCGUUGUUGGUGAGCACUAGUGCAGUGGAGUUGGCUGCUGAGACGGUGAAGAUGAUCCUAAGAAUCGACGAUAUCGCCUUAUCGAGAUAGAUAAUGAAUACGCGGGUAGGAAGUGACUUGAUAGCGAUGAUUGAUUGUAGAAUAGACAGGUCAUGUAGCAAUAUCAAAAGUCAUGAAUACUUGCCUAUACCAACAAAUCACUGUCGUGCUAGGAAAUUAAUUUUCCCGAGCAAUAGAUGUCGGAUUGAGAUGACUGCUACGCCCCUUCUUAUUCUGUAUUCCAAACUCUUGAAGGCAUCUCAUGCAUACCUAG